UUGGGGGUCGUCAGAGCUAAGCAAGCAAAAUGAGUGAUUUGCUGAUUGUGCCACUGAAGAAGCCAUCGGAAGUGGAUGUGGUGAAACCGCUGAAGAACCUUAUCCAGAGCUCGUACGGCAGCAGCGACAAGGUCCCCAAUUAUGGGGAGGCUGUAAAUGAAUUUAGCAAAUUGCGAAACUCUGCGAUAUGGAAGUUCUUCGAGAAGUACGAGAGCUCCCUGGACAUUGUGUACAAUUACUACGAUCAGCUAAGCGGCCUUGAGGCAAAGGUUCCGGUGCAGGAGCUGCAGAUCCCUUUCAAAUGGAAGGAUGCCUUCUCCAAAGGCUCCCUGUUCGGGGGCCGCGCCAGUCUAACACUAUCAUCACUGGCGUAUGAGAAAGUGUGCGUCUUAUUCAACAUCGCUGGCCUGGAGAGCGCCGUGGCAGCAGCUCAGAGCUUGGACAGCGACGAAGGACUCCGUCUGGCCACCAGGCUCUUCCAGCACAGCGCUGGAAUUUUCACUCACCUCAAGGCCGCCGUGCCAGCAGCUAUUCCGCAGGAACCCACACCGGAUCUGUACCCGGAAGUGCUCACCAUUCUGUCCAAUUUGAUGGUGGCGCAGGCUCAGGAGAUCUUCGUGGUGAAGGCCAUUCGGGACAAGAUGAAGGAGCAGGUGAUUGCGAAGCUGUGCUGCCAGUGUGAGGAGUUCUACGCCGAGUGCCUGCGUGGACUGCAGAAGGAGUCGGUGAAGAAUCUGUGGGAGAAGGAGUGGGUGACAACGGUGGCUGGCAAGCAGGCGGGCUUUCACGCCAUGACCCAGCUCUACUCCAGUCUCGCGUGUCGCGCCAGCAAGAAGGUCGGUGAGGAGAUCGCCCGCCUUCAACACGCCGUGGAGCUCUUCAAGGCCGCCCAGUCGCGUUCCGGGAAAUCUACAAUGUUCCAGGAGUACGCCGAUCGGGCGCAGCGCAAUCUCGUGGAGUCGAAGAAGGACAAUGACUUCAUCUACAAUGAAAUCAUUCCGGAUGUGAAGACGCUCGAGGGCCCGGGAAAGGCGCAACUGGCCAAGGUGACAGCUCUGGCGGCGCCAAUGGGUCAGAACUACAAGGAUCUCUUCGUGGAUCUCGUACCGGUGGCCCUCCACCAGGCUCUGUCUGCUUGCGAGGCGCGCAAGACGGAGAUGGUGAAUGCGGAGAUUCAGAAGUUGCGCGAGGGUACGCAGAUGCUCAACAGUGUCCUGGCCAGUCUCAAUCUGCCGGCGGCCAUUGAGAACACAGCCGGCGGAUCGGGAUUGCCGCCGUCGCUGCAGGAUAAGGCAAAGGCUGUGCGCGACAACGGGGGCAUUUCGCAGAUCACGGGGAUGUUCAAGGAGUUGCCUGAGGCUCUGACGCGCAACAAGGAGAUCCUGGACGAGUGCGAUCGUCUGCUGAACGACGAACGUGAUUCGGAUAAUGCGCUCAAGAAUCAAUUCAAGGAGAGGUGGACCAGAACUCCGUCCGACAAGCUAACUGAGGUCUUCAGAACAAAUAUCGCCAAGUAUCGAGACAUUAUCAACAAGGCAGUUCAGGCUGAUGGUGUAGUGCGUGGGAAAUUCGACACUCAUGUGAACGGCAUUGAGAUACUAUCAAAAUCCCCGGCUGAGUUGGAGAGAUCUGUACCGAGCAGCGGCUCUGCUGGGGUGUCCGAUAGUCCCAGUGUGCAGAAGCUUCGCUCCCUGAUGGAGAGCGUGGAGACAAUCAAGGCGGAAAGAGAUGCCAUUGAGGCUGAACUCAAGUCGGCCACUGUGAAUAUGAAGGAGCAAUUCUUGUCGGCUCUGGCCAAGGAUGGCGCAAUCAAUGAGCCCGCAAUGUCAGUGUCGGAGAUUGGAAAGACCCUGGCGCCGCUCCAGGGCCAAGUGCAGGAGAGUCUGAAGCGACAGGAGGGCAUUUUGGCUGAAGUCCAGUCUGCGCACACGGUCUUCACGAGUGAAUCUGGCGGAGCGAGCAACUCGCGGGAUGCUCUGCUCAUUCAGUUGGCGGCAGCUUAUGACACCUUCAUGGAAUUGCAGGGGAACCUGAGGGAGGGCACAAAGUUCUACAACGAACUCACGGAGCUUCUCGUGGCAUUCCAGAACAAAAUCUCUGAUUUCUGCUUCGCGCGCAAGACAGAGAAGGAGGAGUUGAUGAAGGACUUGACUCAGCAGAGCAGCCGAUCUGUUGCCCCCACGCCGGUGCUUCCUGCACAUCACGCCACCACGCCGGCCGCGCCAACCAGCGCUGUGGACGGCAGCAUGCCCUAUCCGACGGGCGGGAUGGCUAACAUGCCCAUGCCGUACGGCGCCUCUCCGGCAGCGCCCUAUCCCACGUACAUGGCACCCCCGAUGCCACAGAGCUACAAUCCGUACGCUCCACUUCCGUAUCCUCAGACGCCGUACUAUCAGGGAUUCCCUCAAGGCCCUCCGCCGUCUCACUAUGCAACGUAUCCGGGCAGUCUGGCGCAUCAGCAGCAGCAGCAGCCGGGCAGCGGCUAUCCUCGCCAGCCUGGGUGGUAAAGGGCAGAGCUCAUUCCUCAAAGAUCAUGAGAGACCUUCUGGGGCGCUGGAGAUGGAAUCGCAUGCACCACUUCUAUUACAUAAUGUGGAAUAAUAUUAUUUUUGAAAAUAGCUACUCUCUUUCACUCUCCUGGGAGGAAUAGCAUUGUAACGUGCCUAUGAAUUAUAAUAAAAAUGUAAAUUUGUUAAUA